AUGGCAAAAAUGAAUGAAAGCUCACUUCUUCUACUAAUGUUCAUCUUAUCAUUCAGCCUCCUCUACAAUCUUGUCGCGUUAUCCGAUGCAGCUGUCUUUGAAGACCUGAUAUCCGACGACUCAACUUCUGGUUCGGUUGAUGAAGACAUCAAGUUACUGGAGGAAGGCACAGCGGAGUUAGCGAAACUGGCCAAUCUUAUUCACGCAAAGCUAGGCACGAAAUUUUUCAACGGAGAAAAGGACGAAAUGGCCGCCAAUAUGCCCAAACGACAGAUGAUUAAACGCCAUUGUUGGAAUGCUAACGAUGCCUGCUGUAUGUUUGGUAUCUGCCAAAAUAAAACGAAAAGCCAUAAAGGUCUGAAGCUAGUAAGAGCCAUUUGA